AUGCUCUCGCCGCCUCAGUCGUCCUUGGGAAACAUCAUGGUCGCCUGCCGCUCCCUGCAGUCCCUCGUGGCCACGCCCGUCGCCGAGGCCCCUCGGCCCUCUCUGGCUUCUCUCCCCACGCCCCCCAUGGCUCACGCGCCCAUGCCGCCGAAGCUGCGUUUGCGCACCCCGCGCCCCGCCUCGCCGUCCGGGCCCAACAAGCGACGCCGCGCCGACGACGCCGACCAUCUGAGCCACGGCGAGGAGCAAGACGCUGACAGCGACCUCGACAUUGCCCCUUCGCACCUCUCCGACGACGGGCCUGCCACGCCCUCGACGCCCAAGUGCUCUCGCAUCGCGCCCGAACAGCUCCCCCUCGGCCUUGCCCGCGCCGACUUUCACGACAUGCACCUGCUCAACAAUGGCCAAGACGUUGACAACGACGGUGCUGAGUGGAGCGCCGACGACGACCGCAUCCUCGUCGAGCUCGUCCUUGACAAGCUCAGGCUGUCCAAGACGGAGUGGCAGGACUGCGCCCGCAGCCUGGGCAAGGACCGCCACAGCGUCGGCCGGCGCUGGAAGAGUCUCAUGGCCAAGGGCGACGUCGGCCUCAAGGCGAGGGGGCCCAGUCGAAGGGCCCGGCUGCAUGGCACCUGGCGGUAA